AGUACCCAAUAGGGCUAAUUCGUUUUACUUUUUCUAUGUUUCAUCCAUUUCUUGUACUUUGAUGCAUCUAGAUGGCGGCAGAGCCCGAUAUUUGCUCCUCAGGUCAUGGCUCCUAGAUUUUUCAUAUACUGGUCACUGCUUCCAGCAGCACGCAAACUAUAAAGAAGACUCUUUAAAAAAUGUUCACUCACAGAACCUUCGCUUGCACGAUCACGGCCUCCACUGUGCACUGGUUCGAAAACCUAUCCUCAACGAACACCACCGCAUCGCCGUAGACUGA